CAUCAAAAAUUCAUUAGUCUAUAAAAUACAAAUUAUUUCAUCAAAAUCGAUAAGUUGGUUGACAAAGAUAUGGCGGUAUGUCCGCAAAACCUGGCUGCUUACCCUCGAGGGACGUGCAGAUCAAUACCCACGGUAUAUGUGAUCAAUUCAUGUUUUGUUGAAUGCAAAAAUCAAUAGCUUGUGGAAUGUACACGCUAUUUUAUGUUGAAUAACAGCUACCCAGUGUUUUUCGAAUCAUUUACACCCCAAACGGAGUUGGUAACACUAAAGGGCCACUGAAGGCGGCUCAAUUGAGGGGAAGAAAACAGUUUCGGUGUGCCGACAGAGCCCACAACAGGCUGAUUCUGGCCAAUUAACCGACGCGUGCGGUGCUGAACCGAGUUGAACAAAAUCAAUCGUAUGCCACAUGCGCAGUGGCGGGCGUGGUGAGAAAAAUGCCAGGACAUGGGCACAGCCAGAAUAUGGCCAGCAGUUGUUGUCCACGGGAGGAAUGUUUAAGUCAAUCGGUGAAAAGGAUAAACCAAAGCUUCCAUAAUAAAACCACAAUUCGGAAGUGAACAAUUGAGAGGGCAAGAAAGCCACGGCAGUCCAUAGUUUCUGGGCCUCCACAAAUAUGCCAUCAAGUGCGGCAAAAUUGUGCCUGUUGUCUAUCGAUUUGUGUGUAACUCUUUCCCACGAAGCUGCUGCUGCUGCAGCCUGCAGUUCCGACGAAUGCGAAUAAUGCAAACGCCCCCAGCACUGAGAGACGAUUAAUUGCAGCAAAAAGCAACAGCAGUGGCAACGGCAACGGCAACCCAACCGGAUAUCGCGGCAAUCAACCAAACAGAACCCAAGCGAACCAGAAUGGACGUGGGCGGACAGGACACUACCUACGAGCCGCUGGACCGUGACCGGGGCGGCAGUAUCCCGGCCGGCGAGGGCGGUCGCCGACAUCCUGGCAGCAUGGACAGUCCCGAGUACGAGACGCGUGCCCCCAAGGACCAGCGGCGUGCGGUCUAUCUGGCCUUGAUGGCAGCGGGCAUUGGCUUUGUCUUGCCCUACAAUAGUUUUAUAAUCGCCGCGGAUUAUUGGCAGGGACGGUUCCCCGGUCGCCAUGUGGCCCUGGACAUGUCCAUGACGUACAUCUUUGUGGCCUUUGCCACGGUAUUGCUCAACAACAUUGUGCUCUCGCUGGCCCCCUUCCAGAAGCGGGUGAUUUUCGGCUACAUGGUGUCCUUCACCACCCUCGUGUUCGUGGCCGUCUGCGAGGUGGCCUGGCAUAUGUUCGCCACGAACACCGCCUAUCUGGUAAACAUGUCCGCUGUGGCGCUGACCGCCAUCGGCUGCACGGUGCAGCAGUCCAGCUUCUACGGAUUCGCCUCGAUGCUGCCGCAGCAGUACACGCAGGCGGUGAUGGCCGGCGAGAGCAUUGCCGGUUUUCUGGUGUCUUCCAAUCGGGUGGUGACCAAGCUGCUGAUCAACAACGAUCGCGUCUCCACGGUCAUCUUCUUUCUGACAUCGACGCUGUACAUUAUCUUCAGCUAUCUGCUGCACCGGGCCACCAUUAAUUCGCCCUUUGUGCGGUACCAUGUGGAGGCCUGCUCGAAGAUUAUACUGCGACCGGAUGAGCAAGAGAUUGACGGAGUACCCAGCACCACACGCUAUGGAGUGCUCUCGAUGGAUGGAACCCACACCACGACGACCAUAUCGGGUGGCAAUCCUGUGGCCGGGAACACGCUCAGCUUCAGCAAUCCCGUGUACGAGCUGUCCAAUCCGACGGCCGGCGAGAGCAGCAUCGAGGCACUGGGCCAAUUGCCGUCCGAUCUGCCAUCGACCCCCCAUGAGCCGACAACGCCCACCACAGUGGCGUUCAAGGUGGAGCACGUGAUCCAGCCGCGUCGCUGCAGACCGAGCAAGCUGAGCGACAUACGCGAGGGAUUUGUGAGCAGGUGGCGCGUGGCGCAGGUCAUCUAUCCGUACAUGGUGUGCAUUGCCCUGGCCUACUGCGUGACCCUCUCCCUGUAUCCGGGCAUCGAUGUGGAGGUGCAGUCGUGCGCCCUCGGCUCCUGGAUGCCCGUCCUUCUGAUGUUCUGCUUCAAUCUGUCGGAUGUGGCCGGCAAGAUGCUGGCCGCCAGCCCGUAUCCGUGGUCGCGCCGGCAGCUCAUACUGUUGUCGGGACUGCGAAUCGUGCUCGUGCCCCUGCUUCUGCUCUGCUGUGCGCCGCGUCAGCGUCCCGUCAUAUCCGGGGAGACGGCGCCCUUUGUCUUCACCAUCGCCUUGGGGAUCACCAACGGCUUGGCCGGCAGUCUGCCCAUGAUCCUGGCUCCUGCCAAGGUGCCGGGCACCCUCAAAGAGGUCACGGGCAACAUAAUGACCCUGUCCUACAAUGUGGGCCUGACCGUUGGCUCCCUGAUUGGUUACGUGUUUGAGAGCAUGCUGGGGCCCCAGCUUUUGAAUCCCUGCCCCUCGUAUCCGUAUGUGCCGGUCUCGAUGCUGGAGCACAUCCACGGCCACGGCCACGGCCAUAUGCCGCCCCUUCCGCUGACCAGCAGCACCACCGUCCCCCCCACAACCAGCACAAGCGCAGCCACGUCUCUGGUUCCGCUCCUGCUAAAUGCAACGAUUGCCACCCUGACCGGCAGCAGCAGCAGCAGCGUCAGUCCUCUAACCGAGAGCUCUAGUUCCAUUGGGACCACAGCCAGCCCCGCAUUGGCCACGGUCAUAACCACCACGGCCCUGGCUCUGUACAGCACCGUGGCUGGGAGUAGUGCGGAGGUGAUCAAUGCCACCCUGUCGACCUUCCUGUCCACGGUGAGCAGUUCGGUGGGGGACAUCAGUGACGAGAUGGCUGGUGGCAUGACCACAGAUCCGCAGACCCCAGAGGCCUUGCUGGAGAAUAUUUAAAGUGGCGCGAGAGGCUUACAAGAGACACUCCAUUCACUUGCUGGAGCUGAAGUUCCACUGAAUAUCACCCCCCUCUCCACUUGACCAUAUCCCUUUCAAACUUAUUUUUAAUGAUGCCUUGAAAGCAUGCAUGUAUCUCAGAGAUACAGAGAGAGAGAGAGAUUGAGAAACUUGCCAUUAAAUAAUACCCGCUGAUCUCUCUGUGAAACGCUGAUCUCUUUGGUCAAGUAACCAGAGACAUUGUAAAGGCUUUAAAGAUGGUCCUCGAUCUCAUUUUUUUGAAAUUUUCACCACAAAAAAUAUCUUUCAGCUCAAAAAAGUUAUUAAAAAUAUUAUAGAAUAUACUCGUAAAAUAGCAUAACGUAAGCAACAACUGUUCUUGUCUUGUCUGUACUAAUAUGUAUAUCUCCAAUAACUGAAUUGUGUCUAGUAUCCCUUUUGUUCAGCGGUUGAUUUUAGCU